AUGGAAUCGUCGGUGGCCAUGUGUGGUCUUCUUUGCCUGCUCUUCAGCCAAGCUGUGCCCAUGUGUGUGCCCACGGACUACACUCUGUAUGAGGAGAGACAUGAAUGUGACUUCUGUGUGGCCAUCAAUACGACCAUUUGCAUGGGCUUCUGCUACUCAAGGGUAAGUAGGCUACAACCUCAACCUGACAUUCUUAGUUCUUCAAUUAGUUUUUGUUAUAGACAAGAUGGAUCUGUAAAAUGCCCUCACUUAUAAACUUUUAUACCCCCACAAAACAUUUGAUGUUUUACCUUUAUUUUAUCAGAGUAAUCUCAUCGAGAUUUUGCAUAAUAUUUUAUAAGACUGACCUGGCCAUGAUAUAUUAUAUAACCUGUCACAUGUUUUGCAUUGCAGAAGAGAUGCUAAAAUAUAAGUAUAACUUGAACUAUAAAGAAUUCGAAUUCGACCGUGAGGCAUAUUUGACCUACAUCGCAUGUACAGUAUGUAAUGUAUACAAGUACACUGAGUAUACAAAACAUUAAGAAUACCUGCUCUUUCUAUGACAUAGACUGACCAGGUGAAUCCAGGAGAAAGCUAUGAUCCUUUAUUGAUGUCACUUGUUAAAUCCACUUCAAUCAGUGUAGAUGAACGGGAGGAGAAAGGUUAAAGAAGGAUUUUGAAACCUUGAGACAAUUGAGACAUGAAUUGUGUAUGUGUGCCAUUCAGAGGGUGAAUGGGCAAGACAAAAUAUUUAAGUGCCUUAGAACGGGGUAUGGUAGUAGGUGCCUGGCGCACCGGUUUGAGUAUGUCAAGAACUGCAACGCUGCUCGGUUUUUCAAGCUCACCAGUUUCCAAGAAUCAAGAAUGGUCCAUCACCCAAAGGACAUCCAGCCAACUUGACACAACUGUGGAAAGCAUUGGAGUUAACAUGGGCCAGCAUCCCUGUGGAACACUUUCGACACCUUGUAGAGUCCAUGCCCCGACGAAUUGUGGCUGUUCUGAGGGCAAAAGGGGGUGCAACUCAAUACAAUAUUAGGAAAGUGUUCCUAAUGUUUGGUACACUCAGUGUAUGUUAAGCAUGUGUGUUUGUGUGUGUGUGAUUACCAGGACAGUAACAUGAAGGAGCUGGCCGGACCGCGUUUCCUUAUCCAGAGAGGCUGUACCUAUGACCAGGUGGAGUACCGAACAGUCAUACUACCUGGCUGCCCGCUCCAUGCCAACCCUCUCUUCACCUACCCCGUGGCCCUCAGCUGCCACUGUGGCACCUGCAACACAGACAGUGAUGAGUGUGCCCACAAGGCCAGCAGUGGAGACGGCGCCAGGUGUUCCAAGCCACUUAGACACAUCUACCCAUACCCUGGCCUGAACAACUACAUCCAUCCCAACUGA